AGUUGGCAAACACUUACACCUAGCAUGUCACUACCGCGGAUCAAGAGCAGCAGGGAAAGGCGCAACUUGAGUGUUGAUGCUAGCAUUGUAGCUGCUGCAAUGCCAGACCCGAUGCCCUUCGCAUUGAGGUCGCCUGCAAUGGCCACGGAUCACCUCCAAACCACGCCCUCGUCAGACUCCAGCCAACUGUCGAGUUCGUACAAUUUGUUGUCGCCACGCAACUUGCCAGCCAGUGUCGAUCGCGAAAUAGUCGUGGAUGGACCCCAUGUCAAGUCGGCGGUUCAUGUCUCAAGUUCGUGCUACUUGGCCUAUGGCAUGGUUGUGUCGUGCCUAUCCACAGACAGAUCUGGGCUUUUGGCAUCUGAAGGUCUCACUUCAGUGGAGCUUCGAAUGGAUAAAUUGGCUGUCAAUACCAAGCAGGCGCUCGAUGCUGUGGAUCAAGCGAUGAAUGGCCAGAGUAUUAUGAACCUUCCAUGUCAAUUGGUGACGACACAUUUCAAGGAUUGCUUGUUCGAGGUGAUUCCUAAGAUGUCCUACGAUGCAACCAAUCGGUUCCUCGAGGCCAAGACCCAUCCCAAUGCGCAUUCAACGGAAUCGACGGCCUUUUCCGACGAGUAUUCUGAUCUCAAGUUCAAGAGCGAGUCCGAACUGCGCUUGAACAUCAACAUUUACCAAAAGCUCCAUGGCACAAAAGUGAAGUACGGACAGGUGAUCCAAUUGCGGCACAUCAAAAGUGGGCUCUUUGUCUCGACAUCCCUUGCCAGCAGGACCUCGGCAGAUAGUGUUGAGGUGCACGUUGCCCCUGGGUCGUCCUUGUCACACUUUACUCUCAUGCCGCGAUUCAAAUUGCGCAAGACGGGAGAACCAGUGCAAAUGAUUGACCAGGUGGUUUUGUCCAGCGCGGACAAGGUGCAUAAAACGUCGUUGUACGUGUCAAACCGGAAGUCCCAAGAUGUCAAUGCGGCGCUUGUGGUUGGGUCGACUUCGUUCUCUUCGCAGUGGCGAUUCCUUCCGUACGAUCAGAGCAGCAAGGACGUGUCGACCGUACAAAAAUAUCAACAAGACUUCGGAAAGGGUCUCAAGGCCGGCCACUGCAUUCGGUUGUUUCACUUGGAGAUGAGUUCGUGGCUGGGCAGCCUCGGGCGAGAUAACCGUGUGUGUCUGCACACUACUUUUGGCGAGUCUGCAGAUGGAGAAGCAAAGCAGCCGACCAUCGAUGAUCGCACCCAAAUGCUGUCGCCAAACACGCUAUGGGAAAUCGAGCGCACGACCAUGUUUCAAGGCGGGGUUUUGAGUUGGUCCCACCACAUCCACCUCCGCCACGUUGUAACUGGACUGUACUUGGCUGUGCGUGAGCACCAACUCUACGGUCCCAACAUCUGCUUGCAACCGCAACCUGAAUCGUUUUUGCUAUGCCCCACAACACUUGGUGGUUCUCGGUCGUCCGUCGGGCUAAACAGUGCUGUCCAAUUGCUCCACUUAACCUCGGGUCAUUACAUCCAUGCAUCGCAAGAACAGCAGAUCGAAGUCUCGGACGACGUGGACGACCGCGGGUCGUUGGCGUGCCGGGUGAACGCACUCACGGAUGCCCAGGACCAGGACGCAUUCAAGAUCAUCCCCGUUUCGCAAGCUGAAAUGGAGAACACGUUGCUCUUGGCGUCGUAUCGACGAGUGUUUGACAAGUUUUUGAUGUUCUUUGGGUCGACAGACAACGGUGCAACCAGCCCCAUGGACGAAACCAUUUUGCUGGCGCAAGUUCGACGCGCCAUGGAUGGGUUGAAGAACUUUACGGUCAGCGAAACACAGGGGUUUGAUCAUAUUACUGCACUGCGCCAGUCCCUUCUCCGGCAACACCGAUUUGUUGCACUCCUGACGGACAUGCUCAGAGCGCCGUUCGUACCAUUUGGUGGCCCGUAUUCGUUGGAGUACGUGUCUUCAUUUUACAUUGACACCAAGCAAGACGACGAAAUAUUCGACCUGGGUGGGAUUACCAUGACCUUGGACAGCCCCCCCCAGUUACCAACGUCGCCAGCCAAUGCGUCAUGUGGCGAUGCAGCCGACAUUCCGUCCAAGUUCCGUCUUUCGGUCGCCUCCAUGCGAACUUUGAAUCGCGUCAUCUGCGAAAUCAACGUGCUUUUGUUUCGAAUCUUCUACUCGUCGCGAACGUCGGAUGCGGCGUCGUGUCGCCGCGCGCUGCCUGUGUUGGUGCAGUUUCUCGGACACAAGUUUCAUGCGUCGGUACCGCUGUCGUACUUGAUCCAGGAAAAAUUCUACUUGUCCGAGUCGUUCGCUUCGUUUUCGUCGCUCAUUCGCAACUUCCUCAACUUGAUCAAGACUCAAGGCAAGUCGGCGCGGUAUGUGCAAUUCCUCGUCGUACUGUGCACUGCGGACGGCCAUGCGAUCCCAAAAAUCCAGGAAAAGAUAUGCGAGCUGCUCUUUAAUCCACUUCACGGAUUUACGGACGCGGUGCUCCUAGAAACUCGCCCCUUAAGCGGCUCGUCGGGGUUUGAAAUCUGCAUCCCCUCAACAGCAAACGACGGCGUGGAAUGGAUGCCUUUGGCUGAAUUCUACGAAGAGUACUACGAGCUUGAGCACCAUUCGACAUUAGCGCCAUACUUCUACGGAUUGCUCCAACUGUACGGCGCCCUUUGCAUGGACAGGAACUACAUGUGCAUCAACAGCCUCAAAGAAAAAUUUCCCCGGGGUUGUCUCGUCGCGGCGAUCCAAGACUCGAAGCUGUCUCGAUCGAUUCGAGCAGUCUUGCUCAAUUUACUCUUGGUACUUCACGUGGAUUGUGAGCCACUCAAGAGUGUGCCGAGCCCAAAUUACACGCGAAUAUGGAGAGAUGUGGUCACGGCAAAGGCGACAACGAUUCCGAUGGCGCAAGAGGCAUGGUACACCACACAAGACUGGAUGUUCUUCGACAACCUCAAGGCGAUUCUCGUGGGCCAGUUGAACAAAAUGGACGGAUAUAUUGUCAUCGCGGAGUUUCCACAAAACACGAUGCUUCUCGCUAUCGUACGAACGUGCAAAAAGCUCGUGGAGUUUGGGCUCUUUCGAACGUUUGACGAGUUGUCACAGCUUGUGCAAUGCCUCGUGCGGCUCUUGGACUGUCGCACGGACACCUGGAACAACACUGCGCUCAAGUCACUUCGUCAAUCGGAUGCAAGUGCAUUCUCGUCUGGAUCAUCCAUGGCUGUGUCCCCCGUGUUGCCGCGAUCAUCGGAGUCUACCAGGUUCGAUCUGAACGCGCAAAACGACAUCAUUCAGCAUACUCAAGGCAACAUGCUCGACGAGGGCAUCCGUCGAGACUCGCUCGACCGACAGUACAGUGCCAAACGAUUCGAGUCUAAGAAAACCCUCGAUCGUGACCUGAAAAUCUUGAAAUGGUCGACAAGCAGCUCGGUGCGGAACGCGAAUGCCUUUGCAACCAAGUCCCAAUUCAAAAUGAGCAAAUGGAACCAGGUUGUGAUGGAUAUCAAAGAUGAAGUGUGUGCGAUCUUGCUGCACAUCGACUCGUUCAGAUUGGACCACCAAAUUUCGUCGGUGUUACUGGCACUCGCAAGGAGCCCUGACCAUCCGGAGUCGAUAUGCAAUAAAUCAGCCUGUGAUGUUGAUUUUGCUCGAAGUGCCUUUGGAUCUGUGAAUGGCAGCGACCAGGUUGGCAAGGCCCAAGACACGUCAGAACAACUUGCAGUGGUCAGUCGAGCUAUAUCUCAGACCAUAUCUGGUGACCGCACAUACGCGCUGUCGGCGUUGGCAAGGCGCUCCCUCGACACCAUUUUGCUCCAAGCGCUCAUGUAUGAGCACCCACCACUGGUGUCAAAAGCUCUCGAGCUGCUAUUGCAACAAUUCAACCAACACGAUCAAGUGAUCAAAGCGUUGAACAACGUCCUUUUGAUCGUGGACGAAGAGACGGUGCAAAACUACGAUAAGCUCAAGAGCGACAUUGAUCAGCUCCGCCAACUGGCCGAGACAACUGAAGUGUGGAUGGACUUGACGUCUAAAUGUGACUACGAAGUUGCUGAGCACGUGUGCCAGUUGCUAAAAAAGCUCACUGGUGUGUUGAACGUCAGCCCCACCGCCGCCGACACGACGGCUUCCACAGAGAAGGGAGGCAGGCAAAACGCUAUCAUCGACAACUUCUCGAGCACUUCCAGAGAAUCGCUUCACAUGCAUCAUUCCCGACGUGGAUCCCAGGUGGAAACAAAGCGCUUGCUGCGUAACUUGGAUGCAAUGCAAACGGUGGUCAACAUGCUGCGCGACGGGUCGCACUAUUUCAAGAUUCAGUAUCCCUCUGUGCUCAACCAGUCGGCCGACACUGUCAGCAGCCCCCAAGCCCGGCACCAAUCCCUUCAUCAUUCUCCGCUGCAGCAACAAUCCAUCAAGAGGGUAUUCUCCCAGAGCAUGUUGUUUCUGCAAGCCAUGUGCUACGAGAACGUGAUGAGCCAGUCGUUCUUGGCCGAAAACAUUGCUUGCCUGAUCGACUUUGUUGAGGAACUCCAAGAGGCUCAGGACUUGAUUGUUGAGAUCUACUCCAACUACAUCCCGCUGUGCAAGAGCGUCCCUGUAAAAGUCAUUUCCAAGUUUACGGCUCUCUUGCUCGCGGAAAUCCAAGCGUCGGCGCCUUCGCAACUUCGCUAUGCAGCCUUUCUCCGCACCAUCGUUGUGUGUCACGGCGAAUCGAUCGUUGAAAAUCAAACGCUUGUGCUUUCCCAGGUUGUGAAGUCCCCAAUUGUGUUAGCGUUCCUCCACAGUUGCACGAGCCAAGUGCUGCAAAGUCUGGACGUGCUGGUGUCGGGUAAAGUUAUCGACACGAUAGUCGCGCCAUUUGUACACCACACGGAGUUGGCAGGAUUGUUUUCAGCCUGCGCACGAGGCAAAGACAUGCGAUUGAAGGCAAUGUGCGCCGGAGUCUUGCCUUUUGACCAAUUGCUGCAUUUGCUUGAGACGUUCUCCUCGACUGCGCUGCAUUCCAUCACGUUCGACUGGUUUCAGAAAUUUCAAGCCGGGAUUGUCGACGCGCUGAAGGAUAUCCACUUGAGCUGUGACGCGUUCAACCAGCAUCCGUUGGACGAAGGCAUUCAGUUGCGGCUCUUGAUCGCUUUAAGCAAGCUGAUCGUGCAAUGUACAUGCCAACAUGUCCACGUACUGGCCACGCACGACAACGAGUGCCGAAAUCCACCCCAGCCGCACGUGAUUUUUGAUGGAGGCAAGGUUUUUGUCGACGUCACGAUGACGUCGUAUUCGGCGUACUAUGCCAGAGAAAAAGCGACGCACGGUUUGGGCAUGCUGUUCACGCUCGUCAUUCCGUCGUUGCAUUUGAUUUUCGUUCACCACAAUGUCGUUGUGCACAAUGAUCAGUUGUGGAAGUCGAUUUACUCGAGUUUGUUUGCGCUUCUCGCGACGAGUAUCGCGUUGCCUGUCGUAAACGCGUUGCCUGUGGACGAACAAGACAGUCUCCUCGAUGUCCUGCGGGUGCUGGACAAGCUGCAACCUAUCGAAGCGUGUGGUUUGGAAAUGCUGUUCUACGAUGUGUCGAGUCGGACGAAGCGGCCAUUCCUUGGGGACCGCAUUGCCGAUUUUAACGCGGGGGUUGCUCCGAUCGAUUCUAUCCAAAUGCUGUAUGACGCGUUCAGUAGCGUUCAUGAACAAUCAUCAGGCACCCAAGCAACGCCAUUGCCCAUGGCUCGAAGCUCCACAACACAUAAUAGACUGUCUCUUAUCAACGGCUACGACAUCCAUCCCGUCGCGCCCCAAGCUGUCAAGAAGAAAGGCAGCUCCGUGAACGGUCAGGCUGCGUGUUGGUGGCCAGCGAUAGUGCUCAACUCUGCCAAGCGCUACUUGUUCUUGAAGAACGAUCGAGGCCAAGAGAUGGCCCAGCCUCCACAUCGGUCCCCCAGGCAAAAACAAAUGGAAAUGUUUGUGGUCAAGGUUGACCACGAAGCGGCGAUGCUGGAUCGAUACUUCCAGUUAGUCCAGAACGAUCCGUGCACGCAAGCCAUCAUCCAAAAUGAGUUGCACCACAUGAUCAUGCAGAUCCUGUCCGUGGAAAGUGCUCUCAAACACGAGAGCGAAACCAUGACGGAUGUGCCGAAGACGACAACUACCCUCGAUGAGAUUAUCCUGCGCCUUGUCGAACACUUCAAGCUGCUCAAAUACUCAAAAUUCUCCAAGGUCAGCAUCAUCUUGCUCGACGUUUUCAGCCACAUGAUCAAGUCCCAAGACUUGAACAAGCGGCAUCAAAUGCAAGUGCGGCUGGACACUCUUGGCCUAACGUCGUUGGUGGUCACUAUCAUCAGCUCGACCACGGAUUCUGUCGUGUUUGACCGAUGUGUUGAACUUGGGAUAUCUCUCCUUGAUGGCAUGAAUGCCAAAGUCCAAGAGAAUUUCUACUCGAUUUGGGUCGACAGCAAGAGCACACGAUUCUUCGAACGUAUCAAGCAGCGCAUUGACAAGGCAACGGAAGUGGUGCGGCAAAACCAGGACGACGAUGUCGAAGCCUAUUCCAUGAAACGCCACCGCGUCUGGAUGGACAACGUCAAGGUCUUCAACACGUCCGAUCCGAAUCUGAACAUUGUCCAAGUGUUUCGGUUUCUCCAGCUCUUGUGCGAAGGCCACUUUUUGAAAAUCCAGCGCUACUUUAUUGCGCAACCAAUGCUGCACACCCAAAUCAACUUGGUCGAAGCCACAACGAGCUUCUUGCUCGAAGUCCACGGCAGCAUCAGUUCGCCGAAUCUCAACAUGAUUAAGCAACUGUUUGACACUGUGACUGAAUUCUGCCAGGGUCCAUGCAUCGAAGCUCAAGAGUGCAUCGCAAACUACAAGUUCAUCUCGGCCGUGAAUGAGCUGAUGGCGCUCCUUCCGCCGAGUGGGAACGUCGAUGCCCUUGGACGCUUGCGGCUCUUGAAAGGCUCCAUCGUCAUUUCGUUGUUGAGCUUGAUCGAAGGGCGUACUGACACGAUCAUUCAUGACCGGUUGGUCACCGAAUUGAAUUUCGAUACUCUCAAGGACAACUUGGUCCGAGUGUACAAGUACUUUGUGUCGCAAUACAAAGGCGUUUACGAUGGCAAUUCGUCCUGCAGCACCGACGCGUACUUGACAAUGGGGUUCAAUUUGCACAUUUUAAUGCAACACCUCAAAGAGCACCAGCCCCAGUUGGCGCUUACUCUGCAGCCCAAGCAUGUCAACGUGGGGAGGCAGCAACAGAGCGAGGCGUGCAACCCGUUCUCGCUCACAUGGCUGAAGCAACUCGCGACAAAGGCCCCCGAGACGAGCAAAACGAGUGCCCACGUCGACGAUAAGGACGUUUGGUAUUCGCAAGCGUACAACUUUUUCCAGGACAAGUGCGGACGCGUCGAGAUCAUCUGGCGUCGAGACGACUUGACCCAUCAACUGGUCCAAAUCUACUUUCCCGUCCAUCCGAUCUGUUGCUGCUUGACCGAACGGUCCAAGCAUCGACUCCACGCAACGAUCAACACGACGGGAAGCAACAAACUCGCCGAUUUCUUCUCGCGCAUGCCGACGCUGUUGCAUGAGAUGGAAUACCAUAGCCAGCUCUUGCAACGGCACUUGAUCACGCGCCUGGCAGUCCACACCACAUCCAUGCAAAAGCUCUCGUUUGCGCUGGCGUUGGUCCUGAACGGGAUUGUGCUCGCGACGUUUCGAGCGCGCGACAAUGAGUCCGACCCAGUCUUGGACAUCCGCACCGUGUUUCCCGGGCACAGCGACGAUGCGGCGGACGAGCUCCACGCGGCGCUGCGCAUCCUUGGCACGUGCCAAGUGAUCGUGUGUUCUAUUCUGUUUGUGUUAUACUGUGUCCACACUGCGCCAGUUCUUGUCAUGGAAAGAUGGUACCAGCGGCGGGUCAAGCUCAAGGACAGAGCCGUCAACGACCCGACUCAAAUCAAUCGAUUCGAGUGCGAUUCAAAUGACAAAGAGUCGUUGCAAGACGUCGAAGAUCUCUUGCGGUCGCUCGGGGACCGCGACGUUGACGCGACGCAGCCCACCCACAGCUUUGGCACCAACGCGGUAGCCACCGCCUGGAUUGUGCUAGGCGAUUCGUACUUGAUCUACGUUGGGCUUCUCGUGGGGUUUUCGAUCCUUGGCACGAUCAUGAGCCCGCUCUUCUUCUCGUUUCACUUGCUGGACGUUGUCAACCGAUCGCAGGAUCUGAAGAGCGUGCUCCAGGCGAUAUUUCAUCCCGGCAAGGCGCUGCUUCUCAUCUUGGCGCUGUAUGUCCUAAUCGUGUACAUCUUUGCGGUCGUGGGGUUCUACUACUUUCGGUCCGACUACACGCCUGAAACCAAGACCGACCCGACGGCUCCGCUCCGGUGCACCACGUUGUUCCUGUGCUUCCUCACGUCGUUGGACGAGGGGUUCAAAAACAAUGGCGGGCUCGGCGGGUACCUCGCUCCACGCGAGCGAGGCACGGACCCGCUCGCGUAUCCGCGGUUGAUCUUCGAUCAACUGUACCACGCGAUCCUGAUCAUUGUCUUGAUCAACAUCUCGUUUGGGCUGAUCGUGGACACGUUUGCCACGAUUCGGACGUCGCACAAGGAAAAAGUCGACGAGCUCCACGACCGGUGCUUCAUCUGCUCGAUCGACGGGUACACAUUCGACCGGCUCACGCGGCGCGGAUUCGACUACCACACGCACAUGGAGCACAACAUGUGGCACUACCUGUGCCUGUUUGUGCACAUCAACAAGAAAGAUUACACGGAAUACAACGGCAUGGAGCUGUACUUGGCGAUGCGGAUGGCCAAAGCCGACGUGUCGUUCUUCCCAAACCACCGCGCGAUGGCGCUGGAACGAGUACAUGACGUGUGGAGCGACGACGCGGCCGAGCCGACGGCGCACCCCGCGCAGCGACAGGAUGCUACCAGUCGUCCCGACGCGAACCAGCCACCCGGCAACGCAAGUCUCUUCGCGCCACCGCAUCACACGGUCGAGAAGCAACUCGGCCAACUCUUGGACGCCCAGCACGCGAUCCGGGACAAGCAAAACGAGAUGGAAACGGUGCAGCGACAAUUGCUCGUUGCCCACGACAACGUGAUGAAGGCGCUGGCGCGAUGGCCCACCGACGCCGCCCACACUCGUCCGUCAAAGCCCAUCCAGUUUUUCAGCCAAGACGAGUAAGCAACCGCGGCAUGUUACACGUCUAAGUACCGAGGCGACGCUAACUCGACCAACGACGACGCGACCUGCGUCGCUUCGUACUUGCAUGGAAAGUUGUCGAACUUGGUGCUUAACGCGAGCGCGGUCCACAGGGGCGUUACGGACCUACACGACCGACAUGAGCUCAUCCGACAUGAGCCCAUCGUUGUCGCGCGUA